GCGGCCCGCGGCCACAGUGUCCCCUGUCAUGGCUGCGCUCAGCAAGAUUCCCCACAACUGCCACGAGAUCGGCCACACCUGGGACCCGUCGUGUGCGCGCUCUGCCCUGGAUGUGACCAGAGGUGCGCUCGAGGUCUCCUUCAAAAUCUACGCGCCUCUGUACCUGAUCGCAGCGGUUCUCAAGAGAAGGAAGAAGGACUACUACAUGAAAAAGCUCCUUCCGGAGAUCCUGAGAUCCACCUCUUUUCUCACCGCCAAUGGGGGUCUCUACAUUGUUUUCUUCUGCUUCCUCAGGAAACUCCUGGGAGGGUUUUACUCGUGGUCGGCCGGGUUCGGCUCGGCGCUGCCGGCCUCCUACAUUGCCAUCCUCCUGGAGCGGAAAAACAGGAGGGGACUCCUGACCAUAUACAUGGCAAACCUGGCCACUGAGACCUUGUUUCGCAUGGCAGUCACACGCGGCAUCGUCACACCCGUCCCACACGGCGAGGUGCUGCUGUUCUGCAUCACCGCGUCUCUCUACAUGUUCUUCUUCAGGAGCAGAGAUGGUCUCAAAGGCUUCACCUUCUCCGCUCUGAAGUUUAUUAUUGGCAAAGAGGAGAUUCCAAGUCACUCCGUCACAGCAGAGACCAGUGUCCCGAGACCCCCCGAGGCGCCUGCUGCCGAGACUGAGGCCUCACCCGUGUCAGCGGAAGGGCCCGUCUCUCGGAGGAGAGCCAUGGCUGCCUACAGCAGGCGGCUGCUGGAGUCCAUAUGCAAGCAUGGGCCCAGGCACCGGUGCUGCAAACACUACCAGGACAACUGCAUCUCCUACUGUGUUAAAGGCUUCGUCCGAAUGUUCAGUCUUGGCUACCUGAUCCAGUGUGGCAUUAAGGUGACCUCAGCCUUCAGGCAGGUCUUCUCCAAGCCCUCCCGACUCCCUUCCCUCUUCUAUAACAAGGAGAACUUCCAGCUGGGAGCUUUCCUGGGCUCCUUCGUCAGCAUCUACAAGGGAAUGAGCUGUUUGCUGCGCUGGAUCAGAGACAUCGAUGAUGAACUCCACGCUCUGGUCGCUGGCUUCCUGGCGGGCAGCUCAAUGUUCUUCUGCAAAAGCACCACAGUCUCCAUGUAUCUCUUCAGCAAGCUGGUGGAGACCAUGUACUUUAAGGGCAUUGAAGCCGGCCACUUCCCCUACAUUCCCUGCGCGGACACCAUUCUCUAUGCCAUCUCCACUGCCAUCUGCUUUCAAGCUGCUGUGAUGGAGGUGCAGAACUUACGGCCUUCAUACUGGAAGUUCCUGCUGCGGCUGACCCAGGGCAGAUUCGCUCUGAUGAACAGGAAGGUACUGGACGUAUUUGGCACCCAGGCCUCACAAAACUUCAAAGACUUUGUGCCCAGACUGGAUCCUCGUUACACCUCAGUUCCCUGUCAAAAAGUGCUCCUACCUGCAGAGGACAUCGUGCUUGGAUGAUGAUGAUGAUGAUGAUGAUGAUGAUGAUGAAGACGACGUGCUGGUUAUUGACGUGAACAUUCUCAUGGGAUGGAAAGACGGUUUUACAUGGUGUUGAACGGACGUCAGAGUCAUAUAAACGGAUGAAUAUAUUGUUGCCAUGGAAACCGACGGGAGCGAGACCUUAAUAGAGGAAAUGGAUGUCUUGAAUAUUCAGAUAAUCUAAGGCUAAUGAGCAGGACAAAUAAGGCUCAUUGACAUGAAGUGGCUGAUUGAAUGUCAGUUAAAUUACAUUGGAAUCUUGUUUACUCCAUUUAGUUUUAGUAGUGCGGAAAAUUUGGGAGAGUCGUCAUGAUGUUAAUGAGCCAGAACUCUUCCUAACGACUCAUCAUACCAGUGUAGUUCAAGGUGGCCACUUGAUGCUGCCACUGGUGCAGGGAAAGGUCACUGACACAGGAGACACGGCGGAGUGAAGUGCUCACUGUGGGGAGUGCAGGGAGUGUCACCAGAGGCACCGGGCCCUGGGUUCCUGGGCCACGGGUUCUGGGUCCUGGGUUCCUGGGCCACGGGUUCUGGGCCCUGGGUUCUGGGUCCUGGGUUCUGGGCCCUGGGUUCUGGGCCCUGGGUUCUGGGCCCUGGGUUCUGGGUGUGGCCCGCUCCCCGGCAGGUGACCUCCACUCAUGUUCUGUUUCUGCUUCUAAUUGUGAGCAUAUUUAACUGCGAUAGUUUAGCAACUAACCAUUCACUCCACCAGGCUGCGCAGCCAUAAACAAAUACUAUUGAAAGAUAUUUACAGAUGAUCCAUCUGGGCAAACCAAGAACUUUAUGUAAUAUAUUUUAAUCCUGAUAACAAAGUACCAACCAGCUGAUCUGGUGUGGCCCUUUAAAUACAUUUGAAGAAGAAUACAGUCAUCAGAAUGUGUUUGAAGUGAUGGCUUUGGUAACAUUAGUGAAGAAAGUCAUCGGUUCUAGUGAUGGAAAUGUAGCUCCAUGAACGCGCCGUUGAUGUUCUGUUUUGUCACUCUGGAAACGGUCCUGUGGAAACGCUGGCUGAGAGCUGACGCACGGUUCUUGCUCCGACUCUGGUUUCUCCUUGUUGGGAGGAAGGUGUUGCAUGGGUCAGUUUUGCUUCACAUCAUUUUCCGCCGCUCAGAUUUGCACUCGCGAACCAAGCUCUGACAUGGUUCACGUUUGCACCCAGCAAUCCAAACUCAAACACACGGUACCUCCAGGGCGGACGCCAUGAUUGUGAGACGCACUACACACUGGGCUUGUCAACAUUGAUUUGUGUGAGAAUUAAAUAUUUGAUCAUCCAAAUCCUACCUACCU